CUGAGCUGUUACUGAACUAUAGAAGAGACACAAACUUCCACAUUCAACACAGUUCAAACAUUAACUCUGAUCAUCAUGCUGUCUUUGCUCACAUCUGGAUUUACUCUGCUGGUUCUGCUUAUAGGAACAGGUAUAAACUGUCAACAUCUCACUGCAACAAAGUCUGAGGAGUCAUCUUUAGAGGAAAACUCUGUUACUCUGUCCUGCACUUACUCUCAGAGUGCUGCUUAUGGUGAUUAUAUCUUCUGGUAUCGACAAAAUCCUGGAAAACCUCCAGAGUACCUGGUCUCUCAUUCAGGAACAGGAGAUAAACUCCAGGAUCCAGUUCCUGGUUUCUCAUUCAGAGUUAAUGACGAUAAAACCCAGAUGGACCUGCUGAUCUCCUCUGCUGCAGAGACAGACUCUGCUGUGUACUACUGUGCUGUGAGGCCCACAGUGACAGGAAACACCAGAACUCUGUACAAGAACCUGCAAUACUCCACAACAUCCACUAGAGGGCCUCACACACUGUUCCUCCUCUAUGGUUUGAGGGAUGAUGGAGGCUCCAGGAUGGAGGUGCAGCCUCUGCAGGACAUCAGCACCAUGGACAGAGUUCUGUUCCACCAUCUGGAUGUGUUUCAGUCCAGCUCUGUUCUGCUGUCAGACCACUGA